GUUGGCAGUGUGCGUGGUCUCGUGGCGUGGCGUCGUAGAAUUAUUGCGUGAAUCGACGCGUCUCGCCGCGCGCGUCGCGCAAUCGUUGCGACCUUGACCGUGUCAGCAUCGUGGACCUAAUCAUCAUCGCACCGAGAAAUUCUAUUCGGUCUAUGAUCAUCAUCACGGGACCCUGGAUUGCCAUUGCAACUAUUGGCUUCUAGUUCUCUUUGGCUUUUAAAUCUGCAAACUUUAUUAAGUUUCAGAGUCCACCUGCUCGACGUUAUUUUUUCCAGUCCACCACUGCAAAACUAGCUAUUCAGCUAUACACGAUAUGACAACAUCGCAGCUGGAAAACCGCGGAUAUCGCGCUUCGGUUUGAUAUGUCAGUAGUGUAGGUGCACCUUACCUGCGAUAACGCUUAUCAAAUUGCCGCGUUGUGUCGUGUCCGUGUCGCGACGUGCCGGAUAGUUUCGCAGUUUGCUAUCGGAAACUAGUGUGGAAUAGCUAAGGAAAUAGUGACGAAUAUGAGAGGUAUGCCGAUUAUUGAUGUUCUUAGUUGGCGACAGUGAAGACUGAACCAUCUGCAGUAGAAAAGCGACCCCACAAACCUCAACGCCCCUCACCACCAGUUAAGAAAUCCAAAUCGGGCAGCGUCAGUCCCACCGAGUUCUCUCCAAGCAGCUUCGGAGGAGGUUCCGACUUCAUCCACCCGGACGAUAUUCUACACCACUCUAAUGGCAAGGUGUACAUCAAGGUCAAGUGCAGACUGUGCAACUACAAGUCGGCCUGGGACUCGGAGAUGGCCAAACAUGAGAGAAAGGUGCACAACAUCGACAGAGAGAACCACAAGUCGGUGAUAAAGAAACCGCCUAGGCCUAUUCCUAAUCUUAUACCCAUACCGACUACUGUCGUUAAGCAGAAUCAGAAGACGGAACCGCCCGAGUACCCUAUACUUAAAACCGUCGAGAUACCUGAACCCAGUGAACCCACCAUGAGCCAGAAGGACAUCAACGACAUCUGCGCUAAGUCCACAAACAGCGUUUUGAAAGACUUCGCGUCGCUUUUCGGCUCCGAAGACGUCUUCAAUACGUUCGCGCCUCCCAGAGUACCUGAUCUCAUCCCAUACCCCGCCGGCAUGCAGUCGUCUAAGGGCAAACUGACAGAUGUGUUCAAGCAGAAGAACGCCUCGUUCUUUGAUAGCCUUAGAGAAAAACUGGAACUAGGCAGUAGUUGCAACUUGACCUGCGGCAACUGUGGCCACGAGAGCAAGUGCCUCACAGAGCACGCUAAGCACCAGAAAAGUUGUGGGAAAGAGGCUGGUAGGAGACCCAACGUGGUGCCAUUACAUAACAUUAGUUCUUCUAGAUGUCAGUUCUGUAGACAGAGGUGUAAGAGUAGUACAGAUUUGUAUAAUCACCUGCAGAUAUGCACUGAGGCAAUGAAGUCGCAGAAUUUGAUACCCAAGGAUGAGGAUGAUUCGGAGCAUGAGUUGAAAAUUGAUGAAGAUAAUGAGCAGCUUAAUGAAGAACCUGAGAUAAAGCCGCACCCAAUGGAGAACAAAGUGUUCGUAUGGAACGACAUAAUGGUACCGAUGGACAUCGAAGUGGAUGACUCAAUCUACGAGUACACCGAGGAUAAAGUUGACGACAACGUCUCAUUGGACCUGUCUACCAGGACCCAGUCGCCCAUGGACAGCGAGAGCAGCUUCGUCGGGCAGGAGGUCAGUCAGCCGGUCAGCGGGGUAAGGCACUCUCCUCUGCCCACCAAUGAGAAGAUCCCAACGCAUGGUAAUGAUAUUUCAGUGGCGCAGCACAAGAGGGUCUUCAAAUGUCCGCAUUGCACCUUCUGGGCAUCUACAGCCUCCAGGUUUCACGUGCACAUAGUAGGUCAUCUAAACAAGAAGCCAUUCGAAUGCUCCUUGUGCGCGUACCGAUCGAAUUGGCGAUGGGACAUCACGAAACACAUUAAACUGAAAUCAGUCCGAGAUCCUGCUCACGAAUCAGCUAAAGUGCUGAUGACGGAUGAAACAGGCCGAAGAAACUAUACCAAAUACAACAAGUACCUGACAGAGAUCCCUAUCAGUGGCUGCGGCACAAGGCCAAAACACCACCAACAGCACGACCGUUCCCCCUCCACCAGCGGCGGGCGAAUGGUUGACAUGACUAGGUUAGGGCCACCCACCAUGGUGCCUGUGACCGCUGACAGUACCGCCUUCCUCGCGAACAUCACCGAGAAAAAGAGAGCUGGGGGUGGAGCGGCGAACAAGCAGACGCUCUUCAAAUGCAAGAAGUGCAAUUUCAAUUAUCUAGAAAAUUGUGGUUUCCAAUGCAUAUGCCAGGUUUUAAUCUUUGACCAAUACCUGAAGCCAUAUGAACAGAAUGAAUAA